UUGAAGAGCCGGUGCCGGUGCGUCUGUGGCAGCCGGCCGGGCGCUGGGCUGGCUCUCGGCCCCGGGGCAGCGCGGGGCCGCUCCGCGCCCGCGGAGCCAGCGCGCCCACGUCCCCUCUGACGCGGCGGCGAGCGCCGUCCCUCCCGGGGCCGGGGGGAGCGGCGGGCCCGGCGGAGGCGGAGCGGGGCGCUGGGCCCUCCCCGCCCCCCGCACCUGCCCGAGCGCGCGGCGCAGGGCGCGCAGCGGCGCGGAGCGGGGCCGGCCGGGCCGCGCGGGGCGGAGCGCGGGGGCGCCGCGCGGGGAUGCGCAGCCCGCGGCGGCAGGAUGCGGGAGGGGAGCGCGGGCGGCCGCGGCGCGGAGAACCGGACGGGCGCCGAGCCCCCGCUGCACCUCUUCCCCGCGCCCGUGCUCACCGGCAUCACCGUCGCCUGCGUCCUCCUCUUCGUCAUCGGGAUCGUCGGCAACCUCACGACCAUGCUGGUGGUGUCGCGGUUCCGGGACAUGAGGACCACCACCAACUUCUACCUGUCCAGCAUGGCCUUCUCGGACCUGCUCAUCUUCCUCUGCAUGCCCCUGGACCUGUUCCGCCUCUGGCAGUACCGGCCCUGGAACUUCGGGGACCUCCUCUGCAAGCUCUUCCAGUUCAUCAGCGAGAGCUGCACCUACUCCACCAUCCUCAACAUCACCGCCCUCAGCGUGGAGCGGUACGUCGCCAUCUGCUUCCCCCUCCGAGCUAAAGUGAUCAUCACCAAGGGAAAGGUCAAGCUGGUCAUCCUUUUCCUCUGGGCCGUGUCCUUCAUCAGCGCCGGACCCAUCUUCAUCUUGGUGGGGGUCGAGCACGAGAACGGCACCAACCCCCUGAGCACCAACGAGUGCCGAGCCACGGAGUACGCCAUCCGCUCGGGGCUCCUCACCAUCAUGGUCUGGACCUCCAGCAUCUUCUUUUUCCUGCCCGUGUUUUGCCUGACCGUGCUGUACAGCCUCAUUGGGAGGAAGCUCUGGAGGAGAAAGAGAAAGAACAUCGGUCCAAACACUGUCGUCAGGGAUAAGAACAACAAGCAAACUGUGAAAAUGUUAGUUGUGGUGGUAUUUGCUUUCAUACUCUGCUGGUUGCCUUUUCACGUAGGACGAUACUUAUUUUCCAAAUCCUUUGAAGCUGGAUCCUUGGAGAUAGCAGUGAUCAGCCAGUACUGCAACUUGGUGUCCUUUGUCCUCUUCUACCUUAGCGCAGCCAUCAACCCCAUCCUCUACAACAUCAUGUCAAAGAAGUACCGAGUUGCCGCUUGCCGACUGGUUGGGCUCAAACCCCUUCCAAAGAAAAGACUCUCCAGCACAAAGCAAGAAAGUUCGCGCGUUUGGACAGAACAGAGCGUCAUCACAUGACAUGUGAUUUCCAGUACCAGAGCAUCACUUACCUGUAUUUCCCAGAAAGCCAUAAUGGAAGAGGAAGAGGACAAGAAACACACAUCGAAACGUUGAAGUGGGACUUUCGUCAUCAUCUGGAUUUGCUGAAAGAUGUAAUGUAGGCAGUUAAAGAUUUUUUAAAAAAACAAACUAAACGUUGAGACUGUAAAAGGAAACACAUGGCUACAGAAUUUGGCAACACUCAAGUAUUAUUUUUCUGCUGCUUUUGCCCAUAUGAUUUUUUAUCCCUGACUGUAGCAGGAGAGCUAGGCGUUACCAUCCUUAACAGGCAAACAUAGCCCAGUCCACUUGAGAGUUUGUGUGACUUCAGCAGCAGCUAAUUUGAGCUGAAUUUUUCCAGAGUUAGCUUUAAUUUUGCUAAGCAUUUUGCUAGCAUAUAACCAGACCCUAGAGAGAGAAAACUGAAUUGCCUUUUUGGAAUAUUAAACAUGGAAUUUGAUACACUUUUCAUAAUUUUGAUUUUUAAAGAAACUAACAUUUUUCUCUGAAUGAGAAAAAUGAUUUCUUAAGAAAAAAAAAAGAUAAUUUUUAAACAUGCUAAAAAUCAAUGACCUUCAUGUCAUGUCCGAGUAGAAAGGAAACAAACAAACAGAACAACCUUCACAGAAGUGGCUUAGAACAUGACUGUACUGAAAUAUUUUUUUAAAAUACAUAUCAGUAGGACAAGGACAGUGCUGACUUCAGGAUUGCAGUGAUGCUAUAAAAAUAUGGAAUGUAAUCUCCCACCAAAGUUUUUUUUUUUUUUACUAGCUAAAUCAUCUGUACUUGUUCUGUUCAGCUUGACUGUGAAUGACUCAGUGUGUUUGAACUUGGAAGCUUUUAGUUGUUUCGAUAUUUGUAACAAGUCUGUGGCUACCUGUCCCUAUGCUGUGCACCAUUGUACCCCCAAACUUUGCUGAGUACAAGUCUCCUGCCUGUAAACCACCACUUGUUUCUGUUUAAAGCAUAUCAGCUGGUUACCAGUACCACAUCCCCCCAUAAAGCUCGAUGUGCAGUUGUACUAGUUUGCUGCAGUAUUAAAUUGAGAACAUUUUUUAACCAACGUGACUUGACAAAGUAAUAGAAAAAUCUGCAUUAAAAAGGCAGACAGACACAUUCUCAUACUUGAUCCAUAAAAAUCUUAAAUUCAAUUGAUUUUUAUAACUCAAGUAUGUCAUGAAAAGACAAACCAGAGAACUUUCCAUCCUUUAUGCUAACAAUUAUUUCUUAUAUUGCAUCUACUGUCACACCAACAUGUAGAAUUUGUGGUCCAGCUAAUAGACUUCAGAGUACGCAUGUGCAAUAGCAGCUUUCUAUUUACUUUGUUCUAGUAUUUAUUACCAGCUGGUCCACAACCGAUUCUCCGUAAUGAAUUGUCUGUUAGCAGAAUUCCUACUGCCUUCAAACUCCUUAUUAACGCUGAUGGGCCAUUUUCUGCCUGUUACACCUUUAGCUGAUGGUGCUGCUCAGGUAUAACUCGAGAAUUUGGCCUCUUCUGUAUAUACUGUGUCUUUUUAUAUCACCCCCUGCUUUGCUAGGGCCAGGGGGCUGAUGACUGCUCCUUGGUGUGGCACCUGAGCCUGUCCUGCCCCCCCCUCCAGCACUGGCAGUGAGCACCGGUUUGAUGUAUGUGAACCUAUAAAUUAAGGAAUUGGGGGACAAACGAGCAGCAGCACUGUAGGAUCAUCAUCCAUUUCAUCUCUAACCACAUCCGCCUUGUUACCCAUUUUGUUCUCUCGCUCGUUGACUGACAGAUCUGAUGGCAGAUGUCGUGCAACUCAGGGAAACAAGACAUUUGGGAAUCUUGAAAAGAUUGUGAAGAUGUGCGCUCACAAAACAACAUGUCUGUGUAAAUGAACUGAUCACGCACCCAGCGUCACAUAAGUGUUUCAAAUCUCAGCUGUAUCUGUGGUAUUAAAUGUGAACAGAAAAAGAAAUAA